GUCCCUCCAGCCUCACCUUGACGCAACGCGCCUUGCGUAACACCUCGAUACCUGGCUGAAGAACGGGAACACGGCAGUAACUGUAGAUGUCGAUUAAUGUUUCAUCGAUGAGUUUUUUUAGUUUGUGCAGAUAUAUAAUCUAAACAUCGAUGGAAACGUCGAAACAACGGAUGAAAAUGUUUUGGACUUUGUUUGUGGCCGUUGUACUGGCAACAGGCUACACCGGGGCCAUCUCGGUGCAGUGUCCCACCAAGCGUUACAUCACCAUCCUCUUCCAGCCCGUGGUCCUGAACUGUAACUACCAGACCACCGCCUCCUCCCAGCCCCCCGUGGUGACCUGGAAGUACAAGUCGUACUGCCGCGACCCCAUCCAGGCCGCGCUGAGCCCCAACAGCGCGGAUAACCUCCUGAGCCAGAACAACCCCAACUACGACCCCAACAUCGAGUGCGCCGACAGCCUGCGCACCAUCCGCAUCGUGGCGUCCAAGCAGGCCAACUCGGUCACGCUGGGCUCCGAGUACCAGGGCCGCAAGAUCAGCAUCAUCAACAAUGCAGAACUGAGCAUCGGCCAGACGGCGUGGGGGGACAGCGGAGUCUACGUCUGCUCCGUCAUCUCUGCCCAGGACCUGACGGGGAACAGUGAAGACUACACCGAGCUGAUAGUACUAGAGAGAAAGUCAAACACUACCGACCUCCUGCCUGGCAUUGACUUACUGGUCAUGGAAGACUGGCUGUUGGUUGUGCUGGUGGUGCUUGGCUUCCUCCUGCUGAUUCUACUCAUCGGGAUCUGCUGGUGUCAGUGUUGCCCACACACCUGCUGCUGCUACAUCAGCUGCCCCUGCUGCCCUGAUCGAUGCUGCUGCCCCCGUGCAUUGUACGAGGCUGGGAAGAUGGUGAAGCGUGGGGCCCCCGGACAGUACGCCAUGCCGGGCUACCCUCCCAGUCAGUACACCCAGCCGGGCUACCCUCCCAGUAUGUACGACCAGCCGACCUACGCUCCGGGGGGGCAGCCUGGCAUGCCCAUGCUGCCCAUGCCCAACAUGCAUCCCCAGCAGCCGCACAACGGCUACGGCCGCGAGUACGACGGAGCCAGCUCGGUGGGCCAGGGGUCUCAGGUCCCCCUCCUUCAUGACCAGGAGAGCGGACCAGACAACACACGCAGUGGAUACCGCAUCCAGGUGGAUCCGGCUGGGAAUGCCACACGGGCGAUCUACUACAUGGAGAGAGAGCUGGCCAACAUGGACCCGAGCCGGCCCCAGAACAACAACCGCAUGGACGGUAUGAGUGAGGUCAGCUCCCUCCACGACGGCCUCGACCCCAGGGGUCGCGGGGGUCGCCCCCAGCCGCCCCCCCUGGCCACGGUGUACGACCAGGACGAGGCCAUGAGCACCAUCAGCAGCGUGUCCCAGCAUGCCCAGCGGCGGGGAGACGGGGGCCGCGGACGGGGGCGGGGGGGCUACAUGGAUCCGAGGGGGCGGGCCCAGUCCAUGGACAACCUGGACGCCCUCGACCGCCGCCGUCCCCGCGACGACUACCCGCGUCACCAUGACGACGGAUCCAGAGGACGCAGAGGGUCGGACGACGGGUGGAGCAGCAGUGCGCGCGGCAACGACCGUGACGACGGUCGCCGUCGCCGUGACUACUCCCCGGACGGGCGCGGGAGGGGCGGGUCCUCCGACGCCGGCCGGGGCAUGCAGGGGCGUCGCAGCCGUAGCCGUGACGACCUGAUGGACCUGGAGCGCAGCGGCGGCGGGCGGGGCUACGACGACGGCAUCCUGCGGGAGGCCAUGGAGAGGAAGCGCCUCGGGGAGCAGCAGAGGGGGCGGAGCCGCGAGCGCCUCGACGACGACCGGCCCCCUCCCCCCCUCCCGCUCGCCCCCCCCUCGGCCUUCCCCAAUCGCCGUGACGACUUCCCCCACCCACCUCCCUACAGCGACGAGGAGAGCGUGAGCUCCUCCAAGAGGAGCAACCUGCGGAAGAACGGUGCUGUGAGCAGAGAGAGUCUGGUGGUGUAGACGACAACAGCAUACUCUUGUCUUCCUGUAAAUAUCUUGUGUUUUCAUCUCCUGACGGCUGCCGCCAGUGCCUUAAUAUUCCAGACUCCUGUUUAGCUGUUAGGUGGACGUUGUUUGUCUGUCCUUAAUGCGUUACGUUGGUCAUGUCCGUUUACUUCAUUCUUAGCAUUCUGUAGAAAGCCAAGAUCAUAAUUAUAAUCGAUUUUAUAUAAGAUAUAAGUUCGUUUUUUAAAUAUUUUGUAAAGAAUUGUUUUAAUUCGAUAAGGAUGUAUGUGUGGGAUUUUUCACCAGAGCUUUCAAAUGUUUUGUAAUCAAAAUGCAGAUACCUUUUAAAGUAUAGUUAGUUUUUAUGAUGUUUGUUAUGGCUUAUUUUGGUUGUACAGUCCGAUGUUGUAUGCAUUUAAUGUACGAGUAAAUGAGAUGUACAUUUUCCAAUAAAUCUUUUAUAAACUAGAAAA